GCAUCUUUCAAGUGGAUGCUUAAUGAAGAUGCAAUGACUUCUGAAAAACUUUCUGAAGGCAUUAGACUAUUUGCUAAAGAUAGUAAAACUCUACUAUCUAUGUUAAAGCAACGUCUUAAUAAUGAGAAUAAUGAUGAUGCUAUGGCCAAUGAAAAUAUUGAAUUAUUCUCGAGGCCUUUUCAUGAGGUUAAA